GCAUUUGUAAUUGUUUUUUAUGCACAUUUUGAAAAACUUCCAUUUUUGUUGCGUCGCUGAACUUAACGGAAGUGUGGAAAUUUAGUAGGAUUUUGGAAUUAUUUGCAAAUUUGGAAUCAUAAAGCAAAUUAAUCGUCAAUAUGUUUAGUGACAAUAGCGAAGACGGUUCAGAUGUGGCGACUUGCGUGAGGUGCACGAAAUUUGCGUCUCAUGUUUGCCAGACGUGUGGGGAUUUUUAUUGUUCAGCCGCUUGUCAAAAAUUAGAUUGGCGUUCUCAUCGUUAUAUAUGCAGGAAAAUGCCUAAGCUGAUAUUGAGAGAGGCAUUUGAUAAAGAAAUAAUGGCGGUAGGACAUCCAUUGCAAGAAGUACGUGGAUGUUUUGAAAAUAAUUGUCCAGAAGAUGAAGGCACUGCUAAUAAUUCUUUUAAGUUUGAACAAACUAGUCAGAAAUUGGAACAAAAUCAAAAUGUCGGCAAAAGUGGACGCGCCAGUAUUGGCAUUCAACAAGCUAGUAAUGUCAGUUUGUUUGACGGUAGUAGUUCUCUACAACGCGGACAGGAAAGUCCGCAACUACAUAACACUGAAGGUCAAUAUGUCAGGAUAGGGAAACAACAAUUUAACCAUGAUAUACAGCAAGGUAAUGAUGCCAAAAAACGAUUAAGUCAUGGUAACCAACAUCAAUUCAAACGUGAUGGUGAACAAUUUGAUAAUAAUGAGCCAUACCGGCAAGCUAACGAUGUCCAAAAAUGUUUAAAUCUAGGUGGUCAACAGCAGCAUAAUUCAGAAAGUGCCUUGAAGAGAAAUCAACAGAACGGCAAUUCUGGUAAUAAAGGCUCACAAAAUUAUGAUGCUUAUGAACCACAAUACGCUGAUCGUAGCAGUGGUAGUUUAGAAGAUCGUAACGGUAAUCAGCAACAAGGAAAGCAACAACGUGGUCCGCAGCAAUGUAACGAUGGCCUUUCACGUCGUAGUUAUGAUAACAAUCAACAGCGCAGCUCAGGCGGUCAACAACAACGUAACUACGAUGGGCAACAACAGCGAAAUAAUGAUGGGCAACGUCAACGUAAUAGUGGUCAACAACGUGUUCAAGAUGGUCAGCAACCACAUAAUAAUAACUAUCAACAACAGCGCAAUAACAAUGGCCAGCAACAACAGCGCAAUAAUGAUGGUCAGCAACAACAGCGCAAUAACAACUAUCAACAACAGCAACAGCAACGUAAUUUAAACGACCAGCAACAACGUAAUUACAAUGGCCAACAACAACGCAAUAACGAUGGUCAGCAACAACAACGUAACUAUAGCGGUCAACAACACCGCAAUAACGAUGGUCAGCAACAACAACGUAACUAUAACGGUCAACAACAGCGCAAUAACGGUGGUCAGCAACAACAACAACAACAACGUAAUAACAAUGGCCAACAACUGCGUAAUAACGAUGGUCAACAACAACAACAACGUAAUUAUAAUGGCCAGCAUGACCAAAAUAAAAUUGUAAUUGAUCAGAUUUUAAAUUCGGAUUCUCAAGAUAAUACCAAUGAUCGCCGUAGUGCAAAUGAAGGCCGUCAAUGGCAUAAUCGCAAUUCUCAACAUGAUGUGCCACAACAGAAUCGUCCUGAUAACCGAAACAUAUCCAAUUCCAAUAGUCCACAACAGAGCAAUGAAAACCAAAAUCGAAAUCCACAAAAUUAUUCUGAAAAUAGACAAAGAAACUACCAGAGCUAUCAGACCAAUCAAGGGCACAAUGAAGCCAGUCAACAAGAGCGUCAAUUUAAUAACAAUGAACGUCAGGAUCAAAAUAUUGAUCAAAGCACUAAUGCUCCCGUUCUCAGACCACCCUUUGAGAUAAAAAAAUUAGAUGCAAAUUGUACUAAUUUUCUGGCACGUAUAAUUGACACUAGUUACAUUAAAGAGGGACUUUUUGCCUGUAUUCCUGACCAAAAUUAUGAUUCUUUUAUUAACAUGCAAAGGUUUUUGGCAAAAAUGGACAAAGACGCAAAGCCAUAUAAACCAGUUUUAAAUGAGUACUGCUUAGCUCUGUUUGAAGAAGAGUGGUAUCGAGCUAAGGUGAUUGGUGCAUAUGGCAACGAAUUCGAAGUUGAAUACAUUGACUUUACCAAUGAACGCUUGGUUAAGAUUGAGGAUAUACGUCGAUAUCCUUUGGAUUUAACUGAUGUUAACUCAACAAGUUUGUGUAAGCUGGCAGGUUUACCUGAUCAACUUAGUUCAAAUCUCGUAGAUAAGUUGGAGGAUAUGGUAGUCGAUUUUCAAAAAUUGUAUGUACAAACAGUUAAAAAGUGUGACAAAUUCUAUGAAGUCGAAUGUCCAGUUUUAUUAAAACAACUCUCCGAAUUAGGUUUUAUUUAAACUGAUCAGUUUGUUUAUAAAUUAAUUUUAUAUAAUCCUGAAGCAUUACAUUGAAUGUAAUAAUUGAUUUAUAUUAUUUUGUUAAUCAGAAUUGACUUACAUAAUUUAACGUUAUUCAUUAGUUUUUAUGCCUGAACAGCUUGUAUCUAUACAUUGUAAAUGAUGCAACUUUAAAAUAAGUGUAGCACAUAAGAAAUAAAUCUCAAAGAUGUUUACUGAAAAAUAUAUGCAUAGAAUAUAAAA